UGACCACGCAUCACGCUAAGCCAGCCACCGAGUUCCGAGUCCAUUGUUCAGGGUUCACGCGCAGCAAUGGCCCGGGGUGAAAGCACCGUCUUUGGUACCUGAUGCUCAAAGGCGAAUGCUCCUGCCUAUUGUUCCAGUCCCGCUUUGAGGGUGGGCUGACUGGCAUUCACCCUCACUGUCACCGGUGGCACCUUCCACAAUAGCUAUUGUCAACCUCCGCGCUGCUCCCGCGCGUCUCGAAUCACGACUCCUACUCGCAUUCUUCACUACGACAAUUCACGACACACGACUCGACUCAGCCUGCCUGCGCAGGUGACACCGCACUAUGACGAUCCUCCAUGACUAUGCGAUUAAGGUGUGGGCCUACAUCAGCCCUCGGAAGACGCAGAAAGCUCGAGAGAAGCCAUUCCAGUUCAAAGUCCCCGCAAUCCCCACCAAGCCAAGCUUUAAGCAGCACCGGCAACCCCCACAGCAGCUAUUGAGCCCACCAGACCGGGAUCUGAGCCCAGAGUCGCGCGUGAACAUCUGGCAAACACGGACACCUAGCCCUGGCAGCGAUGUCGACAUCACGCUGGUGCCCAUGUCACCCCCGGACUCCGUCGUACGGUCACCGGAGGGCCACGAUGGGUUCGAGGGCGACACGCUGUUCAAUACGUCACCUAUAUCGCCAACUUUCAACAAAAGUGACUACCAAGAUGUUGAAGUCGACGCUAACGACGACACCAUCGUUGUAGAUGACGGCGGCUACCUCGAGACCCACAAGGGCAUUAGCUUCGACGAGCGUCUGCUUAAGCAGCAGAGGCAGGGACAGGAGCUGCAAGGCGCAGGCUGGCCUGAGGACGCCAUCUUUUUAUUCCAAAAGAUCAACAACCGCGGAUACGAACCCAUCAUGCCCAUCGAGUGGGUAGACGACUUACCCAGCUUGCCUGCAGACCUCUUCACAGAAGUACCAGACAAGCCGUUCAUCAAGCCAGCGUUGGGCACGCACUACCACGCACAACUAGCACUCUCCCCUCUACUCGACCUCGGCGCCUACGUCCGCGACUCGAUCGUAAUCCGCGCGCCCAGACGCCAACCGCAAUACCACGUCAAGCGCGCGCUGACAAAGUACACCAGCUGGGCCAUGAAAGACGGCAAUGUCGACGCUCACUGGUCCACUCUCCCGCUCUUCGAAACCGUCACAGUCAGCAAAGACGUCCCCAGCACAGUCCUCGAAUCGCGCACCCUCGCCAAGCUUGGCGCCCUGCACUCACGCUGGGAAUCUGCGCUCGCCGCGCGCGCUACCACAUCCUCCUUCACCUCGUCAUCGUCCACAAGUCUGGAAGUCCCGACCCUUUACGGUGUCUCAGCGUCCCACACCAUCAUGGCGUUUGUGAGUUACCUGCCGCUGUCCAAGGAGAACCGCGCGCCAGGCUUGCGGCUCAUUGCCAUGUUUGAUUUUGGGAAGGAAGGGUUCGAUGUGUGGAAUGCGCUCGCGGCGGCGAUUUUUGUCGUGCAUUGCCGGAACAGGAUGGUGCAGUUGAGAGAGUAUCUGCCGGAGCCAGAGGUCAGGGUUGAGGAUGAUCCCGAUGUCUAGAGAAGUGCGUGCUGAUCUGUGUGAGAGACGGACAGGGAGGGGAGAGCAUCGUAGUGGGUGGUCGCCGCAUGGGUUUGGUCUCUGGCGUUUUUUGUUCUGCUUUGUCGGCGAUAUACCCCUAUACCCUGCAUAAUACCAAUACCCUGUAUUAUCUUGAUCGAAGGAGAAUGUGGUGAGAUCCGCAGUAAGACAUGCGAGGAUGCUUUGCCAGCAAUCGCUUUUAGUUGUAGUUAUCGAUACCCACUAUCACAUCAGGACUUUCAAUCGCAAUUCAUCAC